CAUCUAUCAUAAAUAAACUUUUCCACUAUAUUGAUUGGAAUUCAGAUUGGACUCAACUAAAAUACUAAAAUAAAAAUUUAAUUUACUGCUAAUAAGUUAUAAGUGCUUUCGAAAUUUACCUGUACAACUAAAUUAUUAUCCGAAAGAAUGUCGAAGAAAAAAUAUUGCAGAGCAAGAAUCCAAAAUCAAAGAAUCUUUAUUUGAAUUUCUGAAAACUCACAUAACUGAGGCUAAUAUCAAUUGAUUGAACGAAAUUGUUCUAUCAUACGUUAUUGCAGUCUUGGAGGAUGUUGGAACAGAACCUGUUUUUGAUAUUGAAGGUUUUUGUGAAAUGAUGAGUGCUUAUUUCCCUGACUUUGAGUCAAUCAACCAUGCUACUGUAUAUCAAUGGAUGUUUUGAAUUAGCAUCUAAACUGCAGCAGUCUGAUUCAGAAGAGGAGAGAAAUAUCAAUGUUGAUAUUUCGUUACCUGAGAUUUUACCAAAAAUAAAUCCAGGACCCUCAGUAUUACUGAAGAAGAAGUUCCAAAAAGGGCUCAUAAGCUGUCAGAAGUUAGCGAUGGUGGAUCCACAGAUAGUUCAUGCUGUGAUUUACUGAUGAAAUGGAUGUUUUACAAGAGAUGUUCCUACAGUUUGUGCCAUUGAGGUUAAACACUGCCUUACCAUAGCAGCCGGCGAUAUUGAGCGUGCCACUCAAAUUCUGAUCGAUCGUCAGGAAAACGGUCAAUGCCUCAGCCCGAAUAGCUCGUUGACUAUUCAGGUCACCAAGAAAACAAUUGAUGAUUCUGAACUGAAGAACCGCAUUAUCGAGCGAUAUUCGUACAUCGACAAGGAUGCCUUCAACAAGGAACAUCGGCCUGUCGCACCUAAGGUGGAGCCAAAGAAGCUCGUUCGGUACAGGGAUAACAAGAUCGUGAGCCUUAAGGGAGAGCGUUUCACCGAGGUGAAGAAAGGCGAGGACGUGGACGACAUUUCCUUAAAGAAAAACAAAAAAGGGCAUACUCCGUAACCCAAAUGGCCUACGACGAAGGCAAGCCACCGUUCGUUUGAGUUCACAUACGUUUCCGAUCGCCACAGCAUAGUAUUUUUCUGUUGCUCUUAUUUAUUUUCCUCGAAUCUUCUUCCGCUCGCAAAAGUAUGGCUGUUGUUUUUAGAGUUUCUCUCGGUUGCGUGCAGCGGGUUUCCGUUUGAGUAUUAUUUUUUAUCAAGCGUAACAUGUUUCAUCCUCAUUAGGGGAUUAUGUGUAUUAGGUAGUUACUCAUCGGAACAUGUAGCCAUAUUAGAGAUAUAUGCAAUUCGCACUGGUUUCAACUAGCUAUAAGGAGCAAGUGUUAGGUUGGAUAAGCGACAUUCAAUGACUUUUUGUGACUUUCGGGGAGAUACUGCAUCAGUUAAUGUCUCUGUACAUGGGCCAAGAAAUAGGAAGGUUUCGUAUAAGGAAAUCUUACAAUUUCGGCGUCAUGAUUUUUUUGUAUUAAAUGGAAUUGGAAUUAAAUUCUCCGCCAUAUUGCUCUCAUACAAAUUUAUGAGGUAGACUGUUUAUGCCUAUACGUGAGACAGAGGAUAAUAAUGUAUAUUUGAAUUUUAAGUGGGAACAGAUAUUUUGGAAAAUCGCGAACUACUGAAAACUCAUGACUUGUUUAAGCUAUGAUGGUAAAGUUUAAGUGUAAUGCUUAAAGAAUCUCAAUGUAUUUAGAAUCUCUAAGGUUUUUCCAAGAUGCAACAAUUUGUACUACUGAUUAUUUCAUACAACAACCUGAAAAUCCACCUAAAUACUAAAGUUGGCUUCAACUCAACUUUAACUCCAAAGCCUUGUUUCUGCCCUCUAUAUUCACAUAACAUGUAAAUGCUGGUCUUUUACUGAGAUGGCAUUGUAGGAGCAUAUUCUCGAUGCCGUAUUUAAUUUCAGUUUUAGUGAAGUUAAAACACAUUUCUGAUGAACAAAGGCAGCACAAAGUACCGUCUAUUACCUGAGUCGACCACUGCGAAAGUGACAACAGCAAGACAUCUGUUGGAAUUGUAUGCCAGUUCGCAGUCAGCCGGGUCAUCAUUCUGGCCAGCAGAUUUAUGCCUCCGCAGUUCUUCAUACAGCUUCUUUAAUUUCGGAAUACAAUUUUUCUCUUCUUGGGUUGGCAUCCUAGUCUUUUCACAAAACAAUACGGUUUUACGUAUUGUUAACCUUGCGCCUUCUUGUUCGUUCAGUCCAACUGCACACAUGUUGAAGAAAAAAGCGCUCAAAACUGCUUUUUUUGAGGGUAGCUUCUAGCGGAUAAUUUUCGAAGCUGUGCUUCUUAUUAGCAAUAUCUUGCUGUGUUUCCUUAAAGUCAUUUAUGAAGCCAUGCUCGGAAAGUUUGCAACUGCCAAAUAACACGAGAAACAGCAAUAGCAUUACUAUAAUGUGAUAAAUGGUCAGCGUUUGUUCUAUGCAGUACGUCAAAUUGAGCAAGAUUCGACCUGUCCAAGACAUGCCCGCAGUGAGAGACGCGACAUACAGUGCCGAAGCGGCUUAUGUUAUACCAAUCGACCCGAAUUUUGCACACCUCCGCUUUACAUAGUAUUGAAACUUUAUUUUUGGGGUAGCAUCAAGAAAAUCAGAUAAAACAUUUUUUGUCAUAAAUAAGGGCCAACGUCCAUGGUUGGCCGUCUGUGGUCGGACGAACGAAAGCUAUGUUACUAGUUUGUUCAUUGGCGAGUAGACCAUAUCUACUAUAGGACAAGAAUCGGCGGCAUCUAGCUUUCAGAGUGGUGACCUGGCUGACAAUGCGAACUGGCAUGAAGUUCCAACAGACAACUUGCUGUUUUCACUUCCGCAGUGAUUGAUUUGAUUCACUCUGUACUGUCUCGUUCCGAUAGAUUUUAUACUCUAAAUAGAGUACAGUUUUUGGGCUUUCGUUCGGUGUCCACCGAGAUGAAGCCUACAUCAUGCUGAAGAGUUGCCAGAUAGCACGAAACAGCUGUCCAUGGGUGGGGCCGUCUGUGGUCGGACGAACGAAAGCUAAAUUACUAGAUUUGUGAUGGUCUAUAAUCUACAAUGAGCUCAAUGUUUGUGAAAAUCUGGGACCAAUGACAACAUUACUCUCAAAAAUACUUGUGAUAACUGACAAACAUUGCUUUUCACUCUUCAUUUCACGAUCUGUAAUUACAACAGGGACAUAGACAAGAUUCAAGAUCGUCUCAGGCCCACGAACUAUUCGAUAAAAAUCUUAAGCUAUGUUCCUGAAUUGAGAUAUUACAUUGUAAUACAAGUUCUUGAUAUAGUGGUCGUCUAUAUAAUUAAUGAAUAUUUUAAAUGUUAUCAUGUGAGAAGCGAUACAUAUAGUGCAUUUCUUCAUUAUACAUAUUAUUAUGAAACCAUACCUUAGGGACACUAUGAGGAUGUUAUCAGAUUGAAAACACCACUUCCAUGAAACUGUCAACCUACUGUAACUUGACCUUGGAUAAAUUAGCGAUGCGUAUAAAAAUUAAAUAGAUGCUCACCUGCCAAUUAGGAAAGGUAUAAAUUGUACCGAGGUUGUUAGAGUUUACCACACCUAUCUUUUAUAGCGAUUUUUAGUGCCCUAAAACCCGAUUAGAUAGAUCACAACCUGCAAGUUUUAUAACUUCCUUUAUCGUGAAGUUAUUAAAAUCACUCGCAAAGUGUGAUUUAUAACGCCAUGAAUUUAUUUAAACUUCAAGGGGUUUCCUAGCUAAUUAGCUUUUAGGCCUCUACGCGGGAGAUAUCUAGAUUAGUUUAGUAUCAACAGAGAAUCUCUAUAUCUCUAUAUUGGCUGCUCAUUAUAGGCACUCAACAGAAAUGCACUAUAACUUGGUAGUUGGAUAUUACUUCAUAUAUUUUUUUAUUGACCUUUUUGUUCGUAAUUAUUUUCAAGAUUUUAUUUUUACUAGGUAUUAUUGAAAAAAACGUGAACAAUUCAUGAAUCGUGUGACUUAAAGGCUAAGACAGCUACGAGUUACUGUGUUCAUAAUAGCACGUUAAAAUAUAUACGUCGUCAUUCACCACAUUUUGUGUACUGUUUUAGUGACAUGCACUUCUCAAUGGGGUUUUUUUGGUUUGAAAAACAAGAUGGAAUAAAAAUGUGAUUACCCUUCCUUUAAUUGUGAUACCAUUGAAGUUGCACGCACUCCUCACCUAACAUCUUGCUCCAACUUUAUUGUACACCUAUAGUAUUACUAUGUUAAUAAGCUAGUCAAAAUAUUAUAUUUAAUGCGUGUUUUGUGGAAUGUUCUAGUAUAUUCAGAGUUCUUAAGUAAGCUGCCGAGUGUGGUUCAAUAGUUAUUUUUGAAAUCAUAAUUUUUAUGUUUGUUUUCGCGGUUUAGUUAUAGUUUCAAGAUUUCGCUAUUUUUUGUAAGUUGCGUUUGCAGACUAUUUUAUGAGUAUUAUAUUUUAAUGUGACAUUCUGGGAAGUAAUGAAAGAUGACAGCAUUAUAGUGCGUCAAUCAAAUACCAAGCGCCUGUUUACCUUUGGUAAAAAUACGUAGAGGAAAGUGCCGAAUCUCGCACACUUUUUUUUUUUUGGUAACCUGUAUCUUGGAAGGAAAGUAAUUUUAAGCUGCGAUUAUAAGGGGAAAAUGUAGCCUAAUUAUCAAUAAAACACAUCAUGAAUCAAAAAUAUAUUUAGAAAAUAAAAUCUCUUAUUACAUAAAAAAGGCAAUAAUGAUACUUUUUCCACUUUAAUACGGUUACGUAAUAUCGCAAAUGCGAUAUUGGGUAACUUUUCGGUGGACGGUAUUAGGAUCCUUAUGCGGAUAAAUAUAAAUCACAAACAAAAUUCUUGUUUUUGUACGAAUUUGAGCAUUCCUCAUGGCUCCAUUUAAGACACUGGUAACAUCUUAUCCAUUUUUCGCCUCUGAUAUCCUCUGAGUAGUCUCAAACAAAACAUACAUUCUGCGUAAUUAUCUUCAUUGUCGGAAGUGCAAUCCAUGUCAGAAUCAUCAUCCAAUUCCACAUUUACAUAUAUCCGACUCACUCGACUCACUGUGACCUUUCUUUGAACUUGUGUUGUUCGGAGAGACAGGUUUCUGCCAAAGAUUCCGUUUUUUAUCGGUUUCUUUGUCUUACCGCUCUUAACUCUUGCAAUAUUUAUUUCAUUUUUCUUUCUUAAAUUCUCUUUAUUGGACGAACCAGUAAUUUGUUCUGGAUGAGGAGUCUUAUCAUUCUCUGUUGAAGGUGGAGGUAUUGCUUCACGUUGUCUGUGAAUGGCAAAGUCGUAAUAAUAUAAAAUAAACCGGUUGAAAGGAAAAAUGCCGCUUUUCAUGAACCCAUUAAUGGAUUCUUCCGCAGUGGCGGCUUUUAAGUACGCGUUACCCAAUAAUUCGCCUAUCUGAUAAACAGAAAAUGUUCUGCAAAGUCAGGUUUCAAUCUCUUGAGAAUAAUACGUUUUAAAUGGACUCAUAAAUGCCAGAUCCGGUGGUUGCAUUUUAUUUUUAUUUUAUAUUUUUAUUUAAAUUAAAUUGGGGUAUCGGGCAAGACAUUUUUUUCCAGCUACAUCUUUUUCACGUGAAAAUGGAUUAGGUAAAUUAUUUCUCAAGGCAAGUUGUUGGAACGCCAUUCUUCGUACGUCAAAAAAGUCAAACCAAAGAAACGUUUGUCCAUUUCUAAACAGUAUGUUCCCAAUUGGGUUUCCAUUUCUUCUGGUAGUGUCGUCUUUCUGCCCAUGCCCAUACUAAUUUAAUCCUUGGAGUUUUAAUUAUAUUUUUUUAUUUAAUCCUUGUACUUUUGGGGACAUUAAAUAGUUUGGAUGCUUUCAGAUAGCCCAUUUCAUUAUUUUUAACACCAUUGAUUCCUUAUCCCAUUUUUCCGUUUGUUUUGAGAAUUCAUUUUAUCUGGAACAAAAACAACUAGUUAUUUUUUGUUCUUUGAAGGUCCCUAAUAUCGUACACUGCUAUAUUAGGACCCAUCUUGUUGUGCGAUAUUAGGCCAUACGAUACUUUUACGUUAGAGUAAUAAAAAACAAUAUUUGAAAUAAGUUAUAUUCUGAAUGAUGUAAAAUGAAGAACAGAGCUUAUAAAUAACAUGUACAGAGAAAUUAAAAUUUUUCACUUAUCGCUUUUACAAAAAAAUCUACACUGUUAAAAAUUCGUGAUCUACCAAAUGCACGGUUUUCAGCACUACUGCCAUUUACUUGUUAUCAGAGCUACUGGGCUUAACGUGUCGGUGUCACGAAACUAAAACUACAGAAUACUACGGUCUAAUCGAAUUAGUAAAAGAAAAAGCGCACUGUGCGUGCGAUAUUCGGCCACUUUCCCCCUAUCUUUUAAAUAGCAGUACUUUGCAUUAAUUUAUGCUAAAGAUAUGACCUUGUCCAACUUUAUGAUAUCGUAUAAACAGAACUUACUUCUUACUUCUUGUGGAAUUUCAUAAGCGAUAGAACUGUUUUGCAGUUACAAAGCGGUCAGAAGUACAUAUUCACAUUGAUUUUUAAGAGUAGUAUUAUGACAUUUUAAAUUUAUGUAUUUGUAGAUCUAUAUUGUAUUUGGUUUUAAAAAAACUGUCGUGUUGGAGUGCUGGUGUUUUAAGUAUACACUUUCAUUGUAAAAUGUAUGUUAUAAUAGCAGCUCAAGAGGAAACAUCAAGUGUAGUUCUCAAAAGUCUUGUUAAAAGAUGCAAGUAUUGUUGUGAAUAUGAUAGAGCAUUUCAUCUUAUUGUUAGAAUAAGAAUACCUGUGAUUUUUCUAAAUAUUACUCAAUAGCACACAAUUGUCUGUGUGCUAGAGUGAAUAUUGUAUUUUUCCUGAGGAAUAAUUAUUAUUUCAACAAAUCCGACUUAAAAAUAAAAAAAUGUGUUUCAUUUAUUAUGUUGGUUAUAUUCGAG